CUGCGCGGCGGCGGAGGUGGAGGUAGCGGCAGCGCUUGCUGCCCGUUUCCUGCUGGCCUGGCGGCGGCUGGUGCCGCUGCUGCAGCAUUGGGCGGGCGGGAGAAUGCGGCGCAGGUCCCGGCUGCUGCUCUGCUUCGCUUUCCUCUGGGUGCUGGGCAUCGCCUACUACAUGUACUCGGGGGGAAGCGCCGCGCUCGCCGGAGGCGGCAGGAAGGAGGAUCCAAAUAAUAUUGCAAAGAAAGAUCAACGCAAUAAUAAUGUGGAUGACAAGUUCCAAAGUAUGGAAACCCUACCACCAGGAAAAGUUAGGUGGCAAGAUUUUGACCAGGAAGCAUAUGUUGGAGUUACCAUGGUUAAAGCCGGUCAAGAUCCAUAUGCCCGUAAUAAGUUUAACCAAGUUGAGAGUGACAAACUGCGAAUGGACAGAACUGUACAAGAUACUAGACAUGAUCAGUGCCAGAGGAAGCAGUGGCGGGUGGACUUGCCAGCAACAAGUGUAGUCAUCACUUUUCACAACGAGGCACGAUCAGCUUUGCUUCGAACAGUUGUCAGUGUUCUCAAAAAAAGUCCACCCCAUCUUAUCAAGGAAAUCAUUUUGGUGGAUGACUACAGUAAUGAUUCUGAGGAUGGUGCUCUCUUGGGGAAAAUUGAAAAAGUGCAGGUACUAAGAAAUGACCGCCGGGAAGGUUUGAUGCGUUCUCGUGUUCGAGGAGCAGAUGCAGCACAGGCUAAAGUACUGACAUUUUUGGAUAGUCACUGUGAAUGUAAUGAGCACUGGCUGGAACCCCUUCUGGAGAGGGUCGCUGAAGACAGAACCAGAGUUGUGUCUCCUAUAAUUGAUGUUAUUAAUAUGGACAACUUCCAGUAUGUGGGGGCAUCCGCUGAUUUAAAAGGCGGCUUUGAUUGGAAUCUGGUAUUCAAGUGGGAUUACAUGACACCUGAACAGAGAAGAGCACGGCAAGGCAACCCAGUUGCUCCCAUAAAAACACCAAUGAUAGCUGGUGGACUCUUUGUGAUGGAUAAACUUUACUUUGAAGAGCUAGGGAAGUAUGAUAUGAUGAUGGAUGUAUGGGGUGGAGAAAAUCUAGAGAUUUCAUUCCGCGUGUGGCAGUGUGGUGGCAGCCUUGAAAUAAUUCCAUGUAGCCGGGUUGGCCAUGUGUUUCGCAAACAGCAUCCGUACACCUUCCCUGGAGGAAGUGGUACUGUUUUUGCCAGGGUGCCACGCAAGCUUGAGCACCACUAUAAGACUUAUGGUUCAGACUCUGACUUUCUGGCCAAGCAUCCUUCACCAAAUUCUAUUGUGGUCAAAACUACUCAGUAUAAAUUACGUACCAGAUCAUCAGUUACACCUGUUGACAAGGAUGGAAAGACAUCAGAUACCUUUGGUAAGAAGCUGUAUUCGUUCGCCGCAAUGCUGAUUAAAAUUGCUAACUACCAGGCCACCAUGGGCGCCUAUCAGAAGUACUUGUGGGACAGGAUAGUUCUGGUACUGCAAUCACCACCUGACCCUGCAAAGGCAGAAGCCCUUAAUGUUUAUGAAGAGGCUAACUCCCUUACCAGGCAACAGCGAUUUGCUGCAAAACACAGAGCUGACUUCGCUUCCAAAUCUAUGCUGACUGCCAUUGCUGUUAGAUGCCAUGCUUGGCUUAGAACAGCCAACAUCCUUGAAGAGACCAAAACCAAGAUCGAAGAACUUCCCUUAGAUGCUGUGGGACUAUUCAACUCUAAAACUGAUGAGACUAUGGACAAUAUCCAUAAGAUGAGAAAGACGGCAAAGUCUUACGUACCAUACCAGCCGUAUAGUAUUCAAAGCCGAUUGGAAUUGAGAAAGAGACUUAACUGCAAACCAUUCAAGUGGUAUCUUGAAAACGUGUACCCUGAAUUAAGGGUACCUGAUCACCAAGAUAUAGCGUUUGGAGCCUUGCAACAAGGAACCAAUUGCCUUGACACUUUAGGCCACUUUGCUGAUGGCGUUGUUGGUGUUUAUGAAUGUCAUAAUGCCGGGGGAAACCAGGAAUGGGCCUUAACAAAGGACAAGUCAGUGAAACAUAUGGAUUUGUGCCUUACUGUUGUAGACCGAGCUCCUGGCUCACUCAUAAAACUUCAGGGCUGUAGAGAAAAUGAUGGUAGACAGAAAUGGGAACAAAUUGAAAGCAAUGCCAAGCUGAGGCACGUGGGCAGUAACCUGUGUUUAGACAGCCGAAAUGCCAAAAACGGUGGUCUGACUGUUGAAGUCUGCAGCCCAUCGCUAUCGCAACAAUGGAAGUUCACACUUAAUCUACAGCAGUAGAAGGGCUCCCACAGAAGUACUGUCUCAUUUCCUAAACCUUGGGCAACAUUUGGAUUGCAUUACUGAUAACUUUAUAUACCUCAAUAUUCCAUCUUUGUCCAAAAGCAAAUGUUGACAACUAAAAGUGAACAAAAGGGAAGCAAGUGAACUGGGGACCCUGCCAUUGUCCGAUCAAAUAUCGUUCCAGCACGGCUCAUUCCCUUCCACCAUAAAGGUUCACCAAUUCCUUUCCAGCUUCACACUAGUCCUUAUGCAGCAGAUGAUUAAAACCCCUAGAAGC